UUAAAAUCAUAGAAACAUUAAAGUUUAGAUAGCGUCAGUGUCUUCUUGCCUAUGCUACGUUAACAAAACCUAGCUUUUUAAACGACAUAAAUACUAACGACCCAAAUACUGAAUGGCUCGCCCCUGCCUGAAUCAGAUAGCACACGAGUGCCUGAGCUUCAUCAAGGCCAAUUUCGGUUUCUUCAAGCACGGCCAGCUGAAGCCACGAGUGCUGUGUGAAAUGAUGUCAGACCCUGAUUUGAUGAGUGAGGGCAUGCGAAGUUUCACUCAUCGCUACACAUUCAGCGAGGAAGAAAUGAGCGACUUUCGGGACGCCAGCGAUGUUCUGGGAUCUGAAAAGAGCAGGGAUAACGAAGACUUGCACCCGAAUGAUGCUGCAAAUCGGGAGAGCAAAGAUGGUGAAUGGGAAGAGGGAGGAGAGGGCGUGUCUCAACUGAAGAGUGAAUUGGAGUUCGGAUCCACUGUGGUAGACAGUGUGAUAGAGACACAGGAGGACUCACAAGACUCAAGUGAGGUGAUUCUGUUCGACGAGACUGCGGCUAAGCGCAAGGAGAUGUUGAAAAAGUACAAGACUCCCAAGAUCAUCCGCAAACUCAAGGACAAAGUAGCACCAAGGGAACAAUGGCACAAAGAACUGGACCGGUUGAGUCUGGGAUUGAACUCACCGCCUGAUAUUGAAAAGAUCACGAAACUGGUGGAUAGAUAUUAUGUCGAAAACGACACUUUAGCCGACUGUUUCGACUGGCAGAAAGACAAAUUGCUGGUGGAAAGAGAACGAAACAAACGAGAGUUGUUCAGACAAUUGUGGGAAAUGAGAAAUCAGAUUUAUUUGAGAAAAAUUGGGAUGGACGCUUACUUCAAAGACAAUGCCUUCAUUGGAUAUAAAAAGAACUCAGAUCUGGCCGAUAUUAUAAGUCCAGAAGUCCAGCAGAGAAACGAAUAAUCGAGCAGAACUAAAAUUGGUUGAGAUUAGUAGCUACUCAUUAGCUUUG